GCUCCCGCCUUCCUCGUCUCCUUCCUCCUCCUCCUCCUCUUCCUCCCUCGGGGCCAAGCCGCUCGUCCAGGUGUGGCCGCAGAUGAUGAUGAUGAUAGUGAUGCCGCCGCCGCCGCCGCCUCCUCCUUCCCGCAGGAGCUGAUGCUCCCCUCAGGCGAGGCGGGAGCCCCGAGGCAGGGGGAGCGCGGCUUCCCUCUCCCCCCCGGCCCCGCCCUGCCGCCGGGGACCCCCCGCCACCCCGGCGGAGGAGGGAGGAGGAAGGCUCGGACCAUGGCCUGGGGCUCCCCCCCGCGGCCGCUCCUCCUCCUCCUCUUCUUCCUCCUCUCCUUCCCGCUCUCGCUCACCCCGAAGGAACCGGGCAGAAGCGGGCCGAGCCGGCGAGGGACGAGAUGGGCGUGAAGUCCCGCAAGGCAACUCCGGCCGCGGAAACCCCGGCGGUUCCCGGCGGGGUUCUGGAAAGCAAAACGGCCCGAGGGGAGCUGGCUUCGGCCGGCGACUUGGAACAAGGCACGUUGGCUCUGGGCGCCUCCGGGGCUGACCGGGACGGGGCCCUGCUGCUGGAAGGGACGGGCCGGGAAGGCGGCGGGAGACGCUCGGCUCCGGCCAUCGGCUUGCUGGCCAAGACCCCGCUGAGCCGGCCGGUCAAGAGAAACAACGUCAAGUACCGGCGGAUCCAGACCUUGAUCUACGACGCGCUGGAGCGGCCGCGGGGCUGGGCGCUGCUCUACCACGCCUUCGUAUUUCUGAUCGUGCUGGGAUGCCUGAUUUUAGCAGUGCUGACCACUUUUGGAGAAUACGAAAAAGCUUCUGGAUACUGGCUGUUGCUUUUGGAAACCUUUGCCAUUUUCAUUUUCGGAGCAGAAUUUGCCUUAAGGAUCUGGGCAGCCGGCUGCUGUUGUCGAUACAAAGGAUGGCGUGGGAGGCUGAAGUUUGCCAGAAAGCCUCUUUGUAUGUUGGAUAUCUUCGUACUGAUCGCCUCUGUCCCAGUGGUAGCGGUUGGCAACCAAGGCAAUGUCCUAGCAACAUCUCUGAGAAGUCUCCGUUUCCUCCAGAUCCUAAGGAUGCUGCGUAUGGACCGGAGAGGUGGCACCUGGAAGCUUCUGGGAUCAGCUAUUUGUGCACACAGCAAAGAGCUCAUCACUGCCUGGUACAUUGGAUUCUUAACCCUCAUCCUCUCUUCGUUCCUGGUUUAUCUGGUGGAGAAGGACGUGCUUGAAAAAGAUGAGGAUGGAAAAGAGACCAAAGAGUUUGGGACCUAUGCUGACGCCCUCUGGUGGGGACUGAUUACGCUGGCAACAAUCGGCUACGGGGACAAGACCCCCAAAACGUGGGAAGGGCGCUUGAUCGCAGCAGCGUUUUCCUUAAUCGGAGUUUCAUUUUUUGCCCUUCCGGCUGGCAUUUUAGGUUCAGGACUGGCUCUAAAAGUCCAGGAACAACAUCGCCAAAAGCACUUUGAAAAAAGAAGGAAACCGGCAGCUGAACUCAUACAGGCUGCCUGGAGGUACUAUGCUACUAAUCCUAAUAGGAUAGAUCUUGUUGCCACAUGGAGGUUUUACGAGACUGUGGUAUCAUUCCCAUAUUUCAGGAAAGAACAAGUGGAUGGAACCAGCCAAAAGCUGGGUCUCUUGGAUCGGGUUCGUGGUAGCAAUCCUAAAGGAAAGCUGUUUACUCCUAUGAAUGUAGAAGCAAUUGAGGAAAGCCCUUCCAAAGAGUCCAAGAAUGUUGUCCUGAUUAACCGAGAUCGAUUGCGCACGGCCUUCCGAAUGAAAGCUUAUGCAUUCUGGCAAAGCUCAGAAGAUGCUGGAACAGGAGAUCCCCUAGCAGAAGACAGGGGAUACAGCAACGAGCUGCUCAUGGAAGACCUUAUCCCUACACUGAAGAUGGUUAUCCGAGCUGUUAGGAUUCUACAGUUCCGCCUCUAUAAGAAGAGAUUCAAGGAGACGCUGAGGCCUUACGAUGUAAAGGAUGUGAUAGAGCAAUAUUCAGCUGGACAUCUCGACAUGCUUUCCAGAAUCAAAUACCUUCAAGCAAGAAUAGAUAUGGUUUUUGCACCUGGGCCUCCAUCUACUCCCAGACACAGGAAAUCCCAGAAAGGAGGCACAUUCUCCUACCCUUCGCAGCAGUCUCCAAGGAACGAGCCAUUCAUAAGUAAAGCAUCUGCAGAUGAUCCUGAAGAUCAAAGCAUGAUGGGCAAAUUUGUCAGAGUUGAAAGACAGGUCCACGACAUGGGGAAGAAGCUGGAUUUUUUAGUAGACAUGCACAAGCAACAUCUGGGCCAGUUGCAGGUCCAGGUCACCGACGCGUGUCCUUUGAAAGACUCCACAUCCCCGGUUGAGGACAACCGCUUCUCUGAACUGAAAUCCAUCAUUUACAAGUACUCCAAGCCUUCCAUUCAUGAGCUGUCUCCAAGCUUCCACCACGUUCCCGUAAACAAAGUCCCUCCUUUUGGGUACUCAAGCCAGGACUGUGGUCACAACCCACUUUCACUGCCCUUCAGUGACCAGAACUCAGGCCGAUGGCAAGCCAUGCCCUUCUCCACUGCCUACUCAGAAAGGCCGACGGUCCUGCCAAUAGUGACUUUCAUGGACCCUCAGGUUUCCUUCCAGUCCCCGCCGAGAGAGCUCUGGAGCCCCCAUUCGGACAGAUUCUCCUCAAGACAAAGACAAAGAGACAGCGACACCCCGUUAUCCUUGCUCUCGGUCAAUCACGAGGAACUGGAACGCUCCCCGAGUGGGUUUAGCAUCUCUCAAGAUAGAGACGAUUUCCUGUUCGGUCCCAAUGGCGGAACCAGUUGGAUGAAGGAAAAACGCUAUUUGGCUGAGGGGGAAACAGACACAGACACCGACCCUUUCACUCCCAGCGGGUCUAUGCCUCUGUCCUCCACAGGGGAUGGGAUUUCUGAGUCAAUAUGGACUCCUUCAAGCAAGCCAAUUUAA